ACAAGGACAACUCAUGGAAGGAGACAGAAUAUGUAGAAAAUGUUUCAUUUGAAAUAAAAGAGACGCUGUCACAAAGACACUAUGCCACAAACACAGAAGAAAAUAUUUAUUUACUGAAGUUUAGACCAUCACUUUUAAAACAAGAUGAGGAUUUCUACUAAAAAACUACAAGAGCUCGCUAUAUUCACCACUGUAGUGACUGGAGCAGGAGUGGGAACCAUGUACUACCUGAUGCAAAAGAAAUUUGCAGCCUCAGAGUAUCACCAGCUGGCUGUGCAGAAGCUGGAGGCAUGUUCUUUUGCCAUGGAGAGUCUCGGAGCGCCGCCUCUAAAAGUGUACAACCUGCGACUGACAGAUAAACAGAACUACAUCGAUCAGCACUGGGCUCAGAUCAAGAUCCCAGUGAGAGGUUCAAAGACUGGAGGAUAUCUGUACGCAUCAUCACACAGAGAUACUGCAGAAAACAGGUGGCGUCUGAAACAGGCCGUUCUGAAGCUGAGGGAGGGACAGACCAUUGACCUUCUGAACUCUCCUGAGACUGAAACCGUGGAAACCGAACAGGUCUUAGACACUGGGGAAUGGGACUGAGACUGAGUAUUUGAAUAAAGUAUUUUUAUAAACUCAA